AUGAAAAAUUAAAAUUCAAUUUCAUUAUCUCCAAGGUAUCAAAUAUCAAUAAGAAAUCUAAUAAAAAUUAAACAAUAACCAGAAUAAGAUGACAAAUUUUAGACUUGGUAAUAAAUAGAUAAUUAUUUUAAUUAUUUUGCUCAAGAACCAUAAUAAUUAACAUUAAAUGCUUCUAGAACAUCAAUAAAAGUGGAUCAAUAGGUUAAUUAAACAUAUUUAGAAUAUUUUAAUAAAAAGUAAAAAGAAAUGAAACAUGAUGCAUUCACUAAUAUUAUUAAAUCAUGCAGUGAAUACUUUAUAGAUACAUUAUAUAUUGCAUUGAUUGGGGAUUCAUUAAAUGAUAAAUAUGAUAAAAUUGGUACGAUCUCAUAAAUAUUGAUUGGUUUUGGUAUAUAGCCUGGAGCAUUAAAAAACUUAAACGAAAGUGAAAAAAGGGAAUAUAUAAUAAAAAAGUUCCACAAUACUAUUGAUGUUUUACUUGAGAAAUGGAAAGAAAAGGUUGAAAGUCGAUAGCAAUAAUAAAUUACAACAAAGGUUGAAACAAAAAUUUAACCAUAACCUUUAAAAUGGUUAAAUAUCAAUACAAAAUAUCAAUCACUUAAAAUUCCUUUAGCAUAAGUGUUAUAUCGAAAAUUAGAUGAAUUGCAUGAAAUCUAAUAGAUGAUAAUUAAAUAACAAUAAAUAAAAUUAAAUGAUAUCACUAGACCAACAAUUUUGGAAUUGAUAAAAAGAAUGGAUCCAUAAAUAGGUAAAUUAUUUAUAUCUUUAAAUUCUUCAAAAAAUAUUGAAACAUCAAAAACAAAUAAAAAAUAGGAAGCUUUACAAUAAAAUAAAGUAAUAAAAACAAUGUAGAAGUUUUAAUGGGAUGAAGAAUUGGAAGGAGCAUUUUUAGAGAAUAGACAAAAAAGUUAAAAUAAAUAUGCUAACAAAAUUGCAACUUGUAAUUUUAAUAUUAUGGGAUAUUUACCAUUAAUAUAAACAUUAAAUAGACGAUAGAGUAUUAGAUCUGGUGGUAAUGAAGAUGAAGUUAUAUAUGAAGAAAUCAAAUUUGCAAAAUCAUUCAGUAAAUUUCUUGCAAGAUGUGUAGAUAGAAAAUAGUUAUAAAAUGCUGUUAAUUUAGUUGAUAAAGAUUAAAUUUCAGCUUUAGAAGGUAAUUUAGCAGAGCAUAUUAUUGAAACUCAUUAAAGCAUAGUCAAAAUUAUAUAAUAAGCAAGACAUUAAUUUUUAGUUAAAAGAACAUAGUAUUUAAGAUUAAAAAGUGAAGAAAGAGAAUUUAGUUUGAAAAGAUAAUAAAGAAAAAAAAGUGAAAAUUAAGAAAUGAAAAUUAAGAUCAAAAGAUAUGAUAUGAUUUAUAAAAGAAAUAAGAAUAGAAAUUUCUUUGUAAUAUAUUUUGCAAAUAUUAUUAUGAAUAAGAUUAGAUAAAGAAGAAAAAGGUUAUAACCAAAGAUGUUUUAAUUUAAAAUAUAUUAAAAGAACAACAAAAAAUGUUCAAAAUCACCAACUUAAGAACAAAGACAAAGAUGCAUUACUGAAUUUUCAACAGGACCUACAAGAUUCAAACCAACAAAAUUGUAAAUGACAACAAGAGUUAUUGUUAAAAUUUAAGCCUUAAUCAGGAGAUUUUUGGCUUAAAGAUUCUACAAAAAGUUAAUAAAGAAUAAAUUAAAAAAAUUGUUAAAGAUUUAUAAACAAAAUAUAAAAGUUAAAUUUUGA